CUUUCUUUGCUUAUUCUCUUCACCCUUUUCCCUCUAGAAUCCUCCGCCCGUUUUUUAUUCUUCCGCCUCUAGAAUCGAAUAUCUCAGAUACCCCUACUCGGAUUCUCCUGCUAAGAAGAAAGCAAUCUGUUUUUUCCUUUUUUCUCUUCUACAAGAUGGAGUUUUGGAGAAACCCAUCUGUUCUUAGACCAACCAUUUCUCUCACCGCCGUCCAAACCACCUGAAUCCAUGAGAAGAAUGGUUCUUGAGACAUAAAAGACUUCAGAGGAGGUUCGUUUAUAGGUUUGGGAUCGAUGUCUGGACUAAGAUUACAAGCCGUCGAAGAUAAAAGAGAUGGGUUCUUUUCCAGUGCUGGGAUUGGCUUACAAUGGGGUCUCCAAGAGGGUUCUUUUCACCCAGGAGGUCUAUUUGCCAGCGUCGGUCAGAUGGGAAUGGGUUUUGGUAUUUCGCCUAAUUCUCCGAAUUCGAGAGACAAUGGUUUGAAGCUUCCAUGCACAGACUUGUAUUUGAAGUAUGUAUCGUCACCGGAAUCCGGUUUCAGGAUUGUGGGGAUUCCGCCGGAGACGGUGGUGGGUGAGGCUGAGGAAGCAUUGGAAGGGUUGAAGAAGAAGAAGAAGGGAGGUCUUAAGCUUAAGUUGAAAAUAAGGAAUCCUUCUCUGAGGAGGUUGAUCAGUGGGGCGAUUGCUGGUGCUGUGUCGAGGACUGCUGUGGCUCCUUUGGAGACGAUAAGGACUCAUCUAAUGGUGGGGAGCAGUGGGCAUUCAACCACUGAAGUCUUCCAUACCAUCAUGAACACUGAUGGAUGGAAGGGCUUGUUUAGGGGUAAUUUGGUGAACGUGAUUCGGGUUGCUCCAAGCAAGGCCAUUGAGUUAUUUGCUUAUGAUACAGUUAGGAAAAACUUGACGCCCAAACCUGGAGAGCAGCCUAUAAUCCCUAUCCCAGCCUCAUUGGUUGCAGGAGCUGUUGCCGGAGUUAGCUCAACCUUGUGUACCUAUCCUCUUGAGCUAAUCAAGACUCGUUUAACCAUACAGAGAGGUGUGUAUGAGAACCUGUUAGAUGCAUUCCUGAAAAUCUUGCGAGAGGAGGGACCUGCAGAGCUAUACAGGGGUCUCACUCCAAGUCUUAUUGGAGUAGUCCCUUACGCUGCUAGCAAUUACUUUGCUUAUGAUACAUUACGAAAAGCUUACCGGGAGGUCUUCAAGCAGGAGGAAAUUGGUAACAUUGCGACCCUUCUGAUUGGAUCAGCAGCUGGUGCAAUUGCAAGCAGUGCAACUUUCCCUCUUGAGGUGGCUCGCAAGAAAAUGCAGGUGGGGGCUCUCAGCGGCAGGCAGGUCUACAAGGAUGUAUUUCAUGCUCUGUCAAGCACACUUGAACAGGAAGGGCUCGGAGGUCUUUAUAAAGGUUUGGGUCCGAGCUGCAUGAAGUUGGUCCCUGCUGCUGGGAUUUCAUUCAUGUGCUAUGAGGCAUGCAAGAGGAUAUUGGUUGAUAAGGAGGAGGAUGCAUAAUGGCCUCAGAGUCCAUCCUUUUUUCAAGGAGAGAAAUAAAUACCUGAGUUACUUUUGUCAAAUCUGUAGCGGGAAGGAAAGCCGGUCCUAUAUAAUCAUAUUUAUUUUGGUUUCAUAUAUCAGUUCUUUCCCUUGGCUGUUUUCUUUAAAAUUCAGACUUGGGGGCAGAAGUCCCCUUGAAGGAUUUAUCAAACUAAGCUUUCAUUG